AUGUAUAAGUUGCUCUCUCUUGAAGCUGCGAACUGCAUCGUCGCCCCCGAUGUGACUUCAAACACGCAUCACCCACCAGCCAUGAUUCCAACCAUCAAACAAGUUCUCAACCCUUUUAUCCCAGGAACCAAGGUCUUCAAGCUGCCGGGACUGCUCAACAAAAGCACGCAGACCCCGCGUGUGGUGACGAUUGAGGACCUAGAUCACCUGUUUCCCACCCUGGAGGACUACCAGCGCAGACAACGUUGUAAAGAGAAAGAGCACGGCCGCCCUCUUGUCGGAGAUCAUUACGAGCAUCCUAUGUUGGAGUACUACGAGAACCUACGCUUCCCCGAGCAAUCCGUCACCCACGCUGGGCCCACUGACUACAAAAUGGAUUUCAACAAGGAAGACUCCGUCGCUGAUAAAGAGAGCGACCAGAAGUCUGUCUCCGAGUGGUCUAUGCUUUCAAUGACCAAGGAGAAAACCGGUGAUUCUAAGACCGCGAGCGACGACAAGCACAACUCCAAGAAGCAUGGGCAGCCUAUUUACGGCAGCAAGAAGGAGCAGGCCAUGUCUAACGAGAAUGAGAGCAACAUGUCUCUGGAAUCCGCGGUCUUGGUCAACGCCCUGGGCAACCAGAGCACCGACAGCCUGGCCGCUAGCAUUGGUACUCAGAGCAGCGCGAGUUUCGGUGAUACAUCUGGUGAUAUCGGCGAUGACAAUGUCCCUGUCUACAUGCGCCUGGAUUUCUGGGAUCGUGGUACUAUCAUUGAGGAGACCGAGGAGCAGCUUGUCUCACACAUCGAGAAAGAAGUCGUCCUGAGCGUGAGGGACGACGCAUCACACUUGGGCGAUUCCAUGGCCACGCUCCCUCUUGGUGCCUCGACCAUCAUGUCCGGCGACCAGUCAGAAGGAUCACGCACCCCCAUGGCCUCUCCUAACCUUGGUGCCUCAAACCUUGAGUCCGCCGAGCAGUCUAAAGAGUCGCGCUUGAGCGGUUCUAUAGCCACUCUCCAUUUUGGUGCUUCGAUCAUUGUGCCCGGUGAGCAGUCUGAAGGGGCACGUUUGAGCUCCUCCACUGCCUCUCUCGGUCUUGAUUCCUGGAACAUUGUAUCCGACGUGCAGUCUGAAGGGUCAUGCUUGAGCUUUACCGCUGGCUCUCUUACUCCGGAUUCAGCAACUCCCCUUUUGCGCAAGGAACCCGCGGAGAAGACUCAGUCCGGUGACCAGUCUGAAGCGUCACGCAUGAGCUUCACUAUUGUCUCUCUCUCUCCAAAUUCAUCGACUCCCCUUUUGCGCGAGGAGAAGCACCCAGACAAGCCCCAGUCCGCCGGCCACUCUUUCGUGAAUCUUUCUGGAAGCAGUGCCGCCGCUUCCAUACACAGCGAGAACCAGAGCAAAGGCGAAGACAAGGGUGAAGACAAAGGCGACGACAAAGGCGACGACAAAGGCGACGACAAAGGCGACGACGCUGAGGGCGACGCCGAAAAGCCCAAGGCGACCCCACCCGUGCCACGCAAGCCUUACAAGGAUCCGACUCUCUGGGUGCGUGGCUUUACCGGCACUCUUCUCAAGGGCGCCGCGCCUGGAGGACCCGCAAGACCCGACGACAGCCGCUCCUGGGAUUGUAAGAUUCUGUGGUGCAUCGAGUGUCGCGGGCCGUGCCCCAUCUGCGGGAAGCCCUGCUGCGUCCGCUGGGGUUGCGAUCAGUACCUGCACCAGCCCAUCGCGGAUCGCCAGUGGCUGAAGUCGCGUCGCUGCUUCAUGGUCAACACCCUCCUAGACCGUUACGGGAACCUGGCCAGGGACCACUCGACCUACACGGUGUGCACCGAGCCCGGCGGUUGCGGGCGUUAUGUCUGCUCGGACUGCUGCGGUAUCUGUUCCACUCCGAUGUGUCGCGACAUCCAGUGCAAGGACUGCAAGCCAAACCCUUGGGGCCCCUGUGACUGGCAUAAGGCAUGAAUAGGCGCAACCGUUUUGCCUUGGCAGAAGGCCAGCGACAUCGGUACCCUCUCGAAUGAGAUACUGAUACUCCGACCUGAUGCUAUCGAUCGGCAUGUUGCUUGAUGUACCGUGAUCAUGACGUUCCGGUUACGAAUGGAUAAGAGUGAAA